AUUCCCGCUGUUUUCUCGUUGAGUUUGGUGUCGCAGCAAGACAGGAAGAUGGUUUCUCAGGGCAUUCAGAUCACCGGCAUCGUCAUAGCCACGAUCGGCUGGUUGCUGGACAUUGCGGUGUGCGGUCUACCCAUGUGGAGGGUGUCCGCCUUCGUGGGCGCCAACAUCAUCACGGCUCAGACCAUCUGGGAGGGCUUGUGGAUGAGCUGCGUGGUGCAGAGCACGGGCCAGAUGCAGUGUAAAGUCUACGACUCCAUGCUGGCGCUGGAGCAGGACCUGCAGGCGGCCCGCGCCAUGAUCAUCGUCUCCAUCUUGUUGGGGAUCGCUGGGGUGUUCCUGGCCAUCGCAGGGGGAAAGUGCACCAACUGCAUUGAGGACGAGCGAUCCAAGUCGAAGGUCUGCAUCGUUUCUGGAGUUAUGUUCAUCCUCGCCGGGCUGCUGUGCCUCAUUCCCGUCUCCUGGUCCGCCAACUCCGUAAUCAACAGGUUCUACAACCCGAUGUUGAUGGGAACGCCUCAAUACGAGUUGGGAGCGUCGCUGUACAUCGGCUGGGCAGCUUCCACCUUGUUUCUGAUUGGAGGGGGGCUACUGUGCUGGAAUUGCCCCAACAGUGAGGACGACCUUCACUACAAACCCAGAUUCACCCCAGUGAAGACCGCUUCCACAUCCAGAGAAUACGUAUGAAGUUUCCCUCCUGACACGGACGCGAACGACACGUCAGCUCGUUUUCAUCUCACUGAUGAAUCCACGCAAAGUGUAAAUACUGUAUGAAUUCUCAGAUUUGUGGCCGGUUUUAUGAGGAGGUUUGAUCAUGAAACCAAAGGAGUAAAUUAUAAAUAACUGUGUUAAAUGUUGUUUUUUCCUGUAGUUUAUCUAACUUAAACAGACUUUCUUUCAUAAUUAUUACUUUGGAAACAAUCUGUUUAUAUAAUUCGAGAAAUGAAUAUUUAAUUCCUUGUAACAUUGUUGGAGAUUUUAUAAUUAAAUGUCAUCGUGAUCAUUUGUAUUGACCCUAAUAACAGACACGUCUAUGUGUAAAUAAAUGCGAAAUGCUUUUUACUUUUA